AUGCGUAUGGGCCUGUUGCUCCGGUGCCUUCGGAAGGAACUUGCUCUUGUGGUGCCCACCGACGCUGGCUUGCUGGGAAAGCUUUUAUGCCCAACUAUUCAAUCGUCCCAGCUGGCCUCUCUUGCAACCGAGACGGCAGCAGUGGUUCAGCGGUUAAAUGGCCCUCAGACGGUCACCAUUCUCGAGUUGUACUCACGGCACGGAGUUCGUCAUGAGCAGCUGAUGUUGGCCUGUAUGUGGAAUGUGUUCAAGGCAGAUCUCCCAGUUUCAUUCAGUAAUCACAACAAUGGUUUGAUGCCGACCUUUGCAGUAUGCACAUCCACUACUUUUCGGCUUAUGUGCCAGGAGGGAUUCGUGCACGAUCCACAGUUAUUAGCGAUUGCUUUGGGACGCUGUGUUGAAUGCGCCCCAUACAUGUCGUUUAGUGGAGUCGUCGAUGUCUAUGAGGGUAUCAGGCUGUUAGAUCGGCAAUACUUCAACCUCGCAGAGGUGGCGCUGCAUGAGAAUGAGACGGCUGGCCAACGCCCACAUCUGGUUGGUGAAGAGUCCUCUCGUACCUUAUCUAGUCAACCCAAUGUUGUGGAUGUUCUGUGCACUGAAUUGGAGUCCCGUUUGCAGUCGAGUGUAGAUGAGGGAUGUGAACAUACCCCCACAGACGUAGAGCGUCUCUUGCAGUCAUUGGCAGUGGUGGGGCUAAUGGAUGCCAGAAGUCUUUCUGCCGUCUGUCAGACGAUUGAGACAAUGUCAGUGCCCAUUGAAUGUAUGCUAGGCAUGCUGACGAGCGUUCAUAAAAUUCAUACACGUGUUAUGGAUGUUCUGGACCACGAAGGGGAUGAUGAGUAUAUGCAGACGGAACGGUCAGAACUUGUGAGGGUGUUGACAGAUAAGCUGAUGGCGCUGAACGUCUUUGGUGCUUCUCGCAGGUCAGACCCACAGCUUGUGCUAAGGUUCCGGCGUCUCUUCGAGAAGUACCCUGUGCUGGCGGAAAGCGCCCCGCAGUUGUGGGAUGCUGUGCGCUGCAUUCGUGUAGCGCAUAAGCACGCGGCGUGCCAAACAGAGAAAAAGCACCGCCUCGGUGGGGCCCUGUUCAAAAGCGAAUAUGCCGUGAAGAAGAAGCCCAUCAUAGUCGACAUUUCGGAGACGGAGAAGUACGUUCCACCGCAGUUUAAGACCUGGCGCGGCCCGAAUGUGAAUAGCCAGCGCCAUAAGGGGCCGACUACCCCACGGAAGGUGGGUUUCGGCACACGUCGCGUGUCCAGAAACUACAUCAAAAUGAAACGGAAGAAGUUCGCCCCAGCCGUGUGGUGA